CUUGCUCUCUGGUUCAAGUUCCAACCUCCAAAGACACAAAGCAGCAAAGCAAGCAAAGAAGCAAAAGGAGCGAAGCAGAGCAGAGAGAGGAAGAACACAAACAGGAAAGAAACAAGGCAAAAGGGUUUCCAAGGAGAAGCUCAAGGGAAGUUAGUGAAAAAAGAGAAAUUUUCUUCAAGAGAAUGAAGGGAGAGUUAGAGUUGCCACCGGGAUUCAGAUUUCAUCCUACAGAUGAUGAGUUGGUGAAUCAUUAUUUGUGUAGGAAAUGUGCAUCUCGGCCUAUUGCUGUGCCCAUUAUUGCCGAGAUUGAUCUCUACAAGUUUGAUCCAUGGCAGCUUCCAGAUAUGGCGUUGUACGGUGAAAAAGAGUGGUAUUUCUUUUCCCCAAGGGACCGGAAAUAUCCAAACGGGAGCCGGCCAAACAGGGCGGCCGGAAGCGGAUAUUGGAAGGCAACUGGUGCUGACAAGCCCAUCGGGAAGCCGAAGCCACUGGGCAUAAAAAAGGCACUCGUUUUCUACGCUGGCAAAGCCCCACGCGGUGUCAAAACCAAUUGGAUCAUGCAUGAAUACCGCCUCGCCAAUGUUGACAGGUCCGCUGGCAAAAAGAGCGGCAACUUGAGGCUUGAUGAUUGGGUACUAUGCCGGAUAUAUAACAAAAAGGGGAGCAUUGAGAAGCAUUUCCCAAGUGAACAGAAGCAUUUCCCAAGUGAACAGAAAUGGUUUGGUUACCCAGAAAUGGAAGAUCAGAAACCGAACAUCUUAAUGAAUGGUCAAAACAUUACCACGCUGUCACAACAACCAUCAUUAAUGUCCACCAUGAUGAAUGAUCAACCACCGACGGAUGAUGGUUCAGAUUCUGUCCCGAGGUUGCAUACCGAUUCAAGUUCGUCGGAGCACGUCCUGUCCCCUGAAAUCACGUGCGAGAAAGAGGUCCAAAGUGAACCAAAGUGGAAUGAGCUGAGCAGUGCCCUUGAUUUUCAGUUCAAUUACAUGGAUGGAUUCCAAGAUGACCCGUUUGGAAGUCAAGUUCAGUAUCAGAUGGACCAGCUUUCACCUUUGCAGGACAUGUUCGCGUUUCUACAGAAGCCAUUUUAAUCAUCAUAUCUAAUACAAAGACCCAAAACAAAACACAAGAAGAAGAAGAGGGUCCUUAUUUGCGGGCCAAAACAUUUUUAAUCUAGAAAUGUCAAUGUCAUAGUAUAGUAUAGUAUAGUGUUGGAUUCAUGCACGUGUUAAUCACACGUGGACAAUUUGUCAUAUUCAAUGGGGUGUGGGGGUGCGGUGGGUAACAAGUGCAAGAGAUUGGGUUGCACGUGGGGUGUAGCAUAAAUUGGCGGUGAAAUGGUUUGACGGAUUAGGCUCAUGUUGACCUGGUUAGGUGAUCCAAUUGGAACCUGUUAUAUUUCCCUCAUGUGAAUAGUUAAUGAGAUUGUAGGAAAUUCUUGUAAGAUUUGUUGAAGAAAUGUGAAAUACUAUAUUCCCAUUCAUGAA